GUCAUGUGAACUGGUUCACUGGUUCUCCAUCCCUCCCUCCCUCCCUCUCUCUCUCUCUCUCAUUUUCACUUCAACUUGUUCUAUUUCUCACAUGUAAACAAUCAUAUAGACUAUUGUAGCUAAACUUGAUUGAGUAAUGAUGUGGAGUAAGGGGAAUAGAGAAGGGUUUUUCUUGGUUUGAAUUGAUUACUUCUCUUGUGGGUUGGGUUUUGUUUUGGCUUGUCAAAGAUUGAAAGUUUUUGUGUAUAUUUUGGAUGGGAGGUAAGGGAGAAGGAGAGUUGAAGAAGGAAAAAUAUUGGGGAGACAAGGGAGAACAGUGGUUGUUAAUGUUUUAUGGUUAUUGCACACAGCACUGUACAAGGUGGUCUGGUUUUAGACAUGAUAAUUUUUUCCACAAGUGAUAUUCCUCUUCCUCUCGAUCUCAAACACUAGUCCUCAAGCUUCAAAAACUCUCAAAGAUCCUGUUCUUGAUCUCUGUUUUUUGGUGUUCGUUUCAAUACAUUCAGUCAUGAAGAGACUUGGAAGUUCAGAUUCGCUGGGUGGCUUGAUGUCCAUGUGUCCAAACACAGCAGAUGAACACAGUCCAAGAAAAAACCAUGUGUACAGUAGAGAAUUCCAGUCCAUGUUGGAUGGCUUGGAUGAAGAGGGUUGCAUAGAAGAAUCCGUCCAUGUCGCAGAGAAGAAACGAAGGCUAAGCGUCGACCAAGUCAAGGCCUUGGAGAAGAAUUUCGAGGUUGAAAACAAGCUUGAACCAGAGAGGAAAGUGAAGCUUGCUCAAGAACUUGGGUUGCAGCCAAGACAAGUGGCUGUUUGGUUCCAAAACCGCCGUGCACGGUGGAAGACUAAGCAAUUGGAGAGGGAUUAUGGCGUUCUUAAGGCCAAUUAUGAAGCUCUCAAGCUCAACUUUGAUACCCUCCAACGUGACAAUGAAGGUCUAUCCAAAGAGAUCAGGGAGCUGAAAGCGAAGCUGAAUGAAGAUAACACUGAGAGCAAUAUCUCUGUGAAAGAAGAGAUAGUGGCACCUUCAACUGAUGAUGAGAAAGCAAUGGAGGAGAACAAUCUGCCACCACCAGGAGGACCACCAACUCCCACAUCUUCUCUUUCCACGAAAGACUUGAUGAAUAACAACUACGAGAGCUUCGAGAAUUACACCAAUGGAGGAGUUGGAUCAUCAGACAGUGACUCAAGUGCAAUCUUGAACGAAGACACAAGCCCAAACAGGGGAGCAAUUUCUUCCUCUGGGGUUCUCCAGGAACACCAGCUCCUGAUGUCAUCAUCUUCACCAUCAUUUUCUUCAAUGAAUUGCUUCCAGUUCUCUAAAUCAGCAUCAUAUCAAACCCAGUUCGUGAAAAUGGAGGAGCAGAACUUCUUUAGUGGAGAAGAAGCCUGUAAUUUCUUCUCUGAUGAACAGGCACCUUCUCUUCAAUGGUACUGCCCUGAUCAGUGGACCUAAUCAAACAAAGUUUAAAAAAAAUCUGCAUAAAUAAGGUUGAUUCCACAAAAUGGGUAUCUAAAGGAGGAUCAGAAAUCAAGGGUAGUUAGUGUUUUGUGAAGAAAUGGAGAAGCUUCUCAACUGGGUUUAGUUGAUUAUUUGAACAGAACAAAUCAACAAUGGUGGAAAAAUGCCAAAAAAAAAAUGGAAGGAGAAGAGACGGAGAGAGCCAGGACGGGAGAGGUUCACGUGCGGGUAAAAGCUUUAGCUGAAAGAUGAUCGCGUGCGGGAAUGAUUAGGUAGUAAUUGGAAGUCUCCGCUGUAAAAAUUUCAUGGAAAUCAUUUUCCUGUUUAAUGGAGGAAAAAAAAUAAUCAUAGCUAUGGCCUCUUUUUCUUUUUAUAUUAAUUUAUUCGCUUUCUUUCAU